AUGUGUCCGUUAGUGCAAUAUCUUCAACUUGUUGCCGUUGUACAGAGGUCAUUGACCAUGGUGGCAGUGGCAUGUGACCGUCACAUUGUAAUUUCAAAACCUCUAAAGAAAAGAAUUUCUAAACCUAGAGCCAGAGUUAUGAUUUUUGUUUUCUGGAUGUCUUCGAUGAUCAUUGCUUUACCUACUGCAAUACAUUCGAAAAUCGUAUACUUACAGUUUGAACCAGGUUCGAACGGCCUGUGUAUGGAAAUGUGGGAGAGUCAUAAGUCAAGAUACAUUUACAGUUUAUUCAUCAUGUUACUACAGUACUUUGUACCCUUAUUCAUUUUAAUGUGUACUUACACUCAUAUAGGCUAUAUGAUUUGGAUAAAGCAACCACCCGGUGAGGCUGAUAGCACCAGGGAUAUGCGGAUAGCUUCUUCUAAAAGAAAGACAUUAAAGAUGUUGUUUGCUGUUGUUAUAACCUAUGCAUUGACAUGGCUACCUCUUCAUGUGCUGACAAUAAGCGGUGACGUCAACCCAGAAUUGUACAAUCAUAUGUACGCACAUAUUUUGUGGCUUAUAUUCCAUUUCGUGGCCUUUAGUAAUUGUGGUUCAAACCCAGUAAUUUAUUUUUAUAUGAACAAAACUUUCCGAAGUGGAUUCAACGUCUUGUUUGAUAAAAUGUUUUGUGUAAAUCGGUAUUCACAAUCUGUCCGACGCUUUACAAUGUCCGUGCCAUCAACAGGAGCUCAGCGAAGUUUUAAUGGUUCAUUUUCCUUCCAUCGACGAUCAAGAAAGCUACAGAAGCCAACCGGAUCUUGCCAAGGAAGUACAGAAUUAAAAACAUUAUAAACUAUAUAUUCACUUAUAACUGUA